CCGGUUCCCCAGCGAAAGGUCCAUCACUCGCGUAUAAGUAUAAAUUUCAUCAUUUCAAAGACCCCCAGUCUGGUACUGGCGUCGACACAGUCCUUUCCUUGUUCAAAACCAACAAGCCCUCCAACCGCUCCCGCUCUCCCAGCAAAACCAAAGUGAGCAAUGGCCGCAUUGACAAUGUCAUCUCUCUCCGCACAGUCCAGCAAGGGUCUCCCUCGCCCAUACGUCUCCUCCCCUCUUGCGUCUUCGUCUCAGCCUCGGGCUCCCUUGCCUCGCACCCAGCGUGGCUUACCUGCACGUGGCCCCGCCUUUCCAUCCUCUCAACCUCUCCGACCUUUUGCAUCCAUCUCGUAUAUCUCCAAGCCUGGUACUUCGGCUGGCAAAGGCAAACAAGUCAAGCUCAUCGAGCCUCCAAAAAACUUCAAGUCUACGUUCGUUCUUGACUUGUCUCAAGAGGAGUUCAGCCGUCAGAUGUGACCUUUCUCAUGCCGCACGCAAGGCUGCUGCAUAGAGCCUCAGACGUUCUAGAGGUGUCUUUAUAUGAAGGAAUGUACGUUACCCAUGCAGGUCGGACCGUUCAUACACAGGUGGCCUGCUCGUCGAGUUUUUCUCUUGAUUGUCUCACUGUAAAUACUAGCCCAUACCAUUGUCACCAUUAGCUAUACCGCGUUUCUUGUUCAAGGGAUUCUUCCAUUACGUCACGCGUAUUUAUUUCAGCACUCUUUCAUUAUCAUACCUAGCUACAUGCACUAGUUGUAGAAUCGUUGUAGGUGUCGCGUGUAUGUCGUUAAUGGACGGGAAAGGAUGGCGACCGAGGUUGGUCGCCGAUUAUAAGGAACGUCUCUAUUUGUACUCUAGUACUGUUGCCUUUUGAUGAUCGACUCUUCCGAACUUCGUCUCAAUGGCUUCAACCUUACAGCUACGCGUUGCCAGCUAUAUAGGCCUGCAAGAGUGACUGUCGAUACCGG